GUCGACUUUUCUUCAUAUGUGUUGUGAAUCGAUGUAACGAAUGUGUUUUGUGCAAUCCUAGGGCAAGUCAUUGUCGGCCACAUACAACGCCAUGCGUUCGUGUGAACUUGGGCUGACAUGUGUAGUAGUCUUCCCUAGAGAAUAGGACUCUUCUGAAACUCCCCAACAAGAAAACCGACUAAAAAGCUUUCAGAGAAACACGUCCAUCGAAAUCGGCCUCGUCUUUUUACUCAGUCUCUCUUCAGACUCUUUCACCCCGUGCUUCUUUUGCUAUAUCAGUUUUCAACUUCCUCCCACGCCUUCCCUUCUUCUCUCCUAGUCCCCUACCGAUAAUCCUAGCAUCUCCCGUCAAUCCCCCGCUCCGCCACAUUGCUUCCCAAAAAGUUCGCCCGGAGAGUUCCCUUCGGUGCUGCCGAAGAGGUUAAAAAGAAAGGAAAUGACCCUGAAGGGUGGUGCGAGCCAGGCAUGUGCGGCGUGCAAGUACCAGAGGAGGAAGUGCAAACCGGACUGCCCUCUAGCUCCUUUCUUCCCGGCCGACCAACCGGAGAUCUUCCGGAACGUGCACAAGUUGUUCGGCGUCAGCAACAUCCUGAAGAUACUGAAAGGGCUGCAUCCUAACCAGAAGCCUAUCGCCAUGAGAUCCAUCAUUGACCAAGCGAACAUGCGUGACUGGUACCCCGUGCAUGGUUGCUACGGCCUCAUCCAGAACCUGCAGUACCAAAUACAGCAGGCCAAGGAAGAGCUCCACGCCAUCUACGGGCAGCUGGAGAUGUACAGGCAGCAGAACCAGAUCUCUCCCGUCCCGGAAGAUGUGCCUUCUCAGUUGGAACUAGGCAUGGCCCCGCCGAAUGGCUCCCUUCCCUUGUUCCACCACACGCAACAGCAGUACAGUGCCGUGGCCGCCUUGCCCAUCCCGCCGAAUCACUGCAGCAAUAACGGAGGCGUUGCCGGUUACGACAACUCCGGCGAUGUGGUUCCGAAGGAUAAUGUCGAGAAUGCCUUGUGGAUGCAAAACCAGUAUGCGAAUUACAGCAGCGGCAGUACAAUUCAGAUCGCAGCACCACAGCCGUUGGACGUGCAGCAAGAAAUAGUCCAAGACUACGAUGAACUCCAACCUUUCUUCGACACCAUCGACGAUGCACAGUCUUACAUGGAUUCGAAAGAGGCAUGCGACUCGAGCUCGGAAUCAUCAUUGAAGGACACAAGGCAAUCCAUCGAGCAUGCUGGCAAGAACGAAUUGAAGAGCGCCGCCGCGUGCUUCAGCCUCACUAGUGUCAACUGAUCAGACAACACUCGAAGGGUCUACCCUUUUCUUUUUCGGAUCAUUAGUUUUGUUACCGCAGUUUCCGACUUUUCUGACUUCUCUCCUUUUUCCUAUCAAGAAAUUCCGAACAUCGGAUAGUUGCCCCGUAUGCAUAUGACACGACAAAACAUACUUUGCUA